AUGGCGCCAAGAUCAUCUUCCAGAGCACCUUCCAGGGCACCCUCUAGGGCAACUUCUCGAGUAAGGGCUUCCUCGCGAGGGAGGUCUGAGGAGCCCAAAAAGCUUUCCUCUCGCAACAAGAAGCCCACCCGGCCAGUUAGUGAUGAUGAGGAAGAGGAAGAGGAUGAUGAUGAUGAUGAUGAUGAGAGUGAGGAAGAAGACGACGAAAACGAAGAAGAUGAAGAAGAACAAGCUAGUGAGGAGGAUGAAAAUGAAGAAGCUAGUGACAACGAAGAAGAAGAAGCAAGUGAUGAAGACGAAGAAGCAGCCAGCGAUGAGGAUGAAGACGAAGGUGGUGAUGAUGACCAGGAAGUGGAAGGCUCAGAAGCUAUAUUGGACAACUCUCAUCUAAAGCAUAAGAAGAUCCGCAGCCAGAGGGAGAAAAUCCCUUUCGAACAGAGCAGCAAAGAUGAAAAAGAAGGCAAAAAGGAAAACAAAUCUAAGAAGACCAAGAAGUCUGCUGAUGUGGACCAGGACGAUGAAGCAAAGCCAGCCAAAAAGAAGAUGGCCAAGAAAACGAAGACAUCUGACGCUGAGGAAGAUGCGGAAAAGCCAAAGAAAGCAGCUAAGAAGUCAAGGGCAUCUGAAGGCUCCGAGGAAGAGAAGGAGAAGCCCGGAAAGAAGAAGGGUGCCAAGAAUCCGGAGGCAUCUAAAGGCCUGGAGGGAGAGGAGGAGAAGCCUAAAAAGAAGAAGGCUGUUAAGAAGCCGAAGGCGUCUGAAGGUGCUGAGGAAGAAGGGGAAAAGCCUAAGAAGAAGAAGGCUGCGAAGAAGCCAAAAGCAUCUGAAGGCUCUGAGGAAGCAGAAAAGCCUAAGAAGAAGAAGGUUGCUAAGAAGACAGAGGGACCUGAAGGCUCCAACGAGGGUGAGAAAAAGCCGACUAAGAAGACUGCCGGUAAAGAGGCCAAAGGACCAGAGAAGGAGAAAGGCAAGAAGGCUGAGGAGGACCGUUUAGUUGUCAUCCGCUUCGGACGUGACCAUGACUCAGACUGCAUGCGACAAGAUGAAGUGCUCUACAAGAUAGCCGACCGCGUCAAGAACUUCGCCGCCAUUUACCUUUGUGACAUCGACAAGGUCCCUGAUUUCAACACCAUGUACGAGCUGUACGACCCCUGCACCAUCAUGUUCUUCUUCCGCAACAAGCACAUAAUGUGCGAUUUCGGUACCGGAAACAACAACAAAUUGAACUGGGUGCUGGACGAUAAGCAGGAGCUCAUCGACAUCCUUGAGACCGUGUUCCGGGGCGCCAAGAAGGGCAGAGGUUUGGUGGUCAGCCCGAAGGACUAUAGCACAAGGCAUCGUUACUGA